UUCUGUCUAAUGUGAAGAAUAGUCACUUUCCAAUCCAUCAAAGUCUAUUUUGGCAAACAAUUCAUUCAUAUUUAUGAAGAGGACAAAUUAAACAAUAUAGCCAGUAUGUAGAUUCUUCAAAGUGGGUACACCAGGAAUGAAGAAUCAGAUAUAAUUUGACCAGUACAGAAUGACUCACAGAGGAACAUUACCAGCAUUACGAGCACCUUAUGACACAACAGAUGAACCAGAAUAUGGCAAUAAUCGUUAUCGAAGAAGUCCGCAAAGCCAGGAUCAAAAUCAGAUAGUUCCUUUUGGACAGAAUAGUGGUGGUCAAACUCAACGGGACUAUCAUAGUCGUGGUCCAUCAAGGUUGGACCUUUUGGAAGAGAGGUUAGCACAGCAAGAGAGAAGUACAGCAACAGUUAUGGAUCGAGCUUUUAAAAUUAAAGAAGAUGUGAUUGAUAGUUUGAAUUUUACACAUGGAACUUGGCAAGAUGAGAAACAUGCAAGAUCUAUGUUACAAGAACAUAUACGUACAAUUACUGCUAUAGUUAAUAAACUAAACAAUGAUAUAGCAUCACUUGAUGAUCAGUUAAGAGUUAGAGAUAAUGCAGCAGUAGGUACAAAUUCUGCAGUAAAAAACCUUGAAGUUCAUCAUGUGGCAUCUUUAACAGAUUUACGUGGAAGGAUUGUCAGAUGUGACACAUCAAUUGCUAAACUUUCCUCAGAACUACGCAACUGCACAGAUUCUUUAAAGCAAAUAGGUGGCACACAACAGGACAAUCAAAACAGAUUAUUGGAUAGGAUACAUAACUUAGAAUCAAAGAUUGUACAAGUAAACAACUUGCUAGAUCGUAGCUCAAGUGAGCAGAAAAUGAAGUUACAGCAUCUGGAGGGUGACACUGGUCAGCAGAUGUCCAUAUUAGACAGUAAGACACGAAGUAUAAUGGAUGAUAUGAAGAAUAUGAUUAACCAGUUCCAAGCACAUCAGGAAGGAGAGAGGGAAAAAUUGGAAUCUCGACUGUUUGGACAUAUUGAGAAAAUAUCAGCUGCUAAAGACACAUUAAUUGAAAAGUUGGAGAGAAAAAUGGAUGAGAAUCACUAUGUAACAGAUGCUAGACUACAGAAAGUAGAAGAAGCUGUCAUGGAAGAAAGAGCAAGAAUUAGUGAAUUACAACAUGAUAUUGAAAAUAAGUUGAUGGCUAAAUUGGACUUCAGUAUUCGUAAUCAACAAGAAGAAUUUUCAAAAUUGAAACGGGAAGUUCGUGAAGGGUUUGCUACAGUGCAUGAGAGUAUAAGUAAUAUGAAAACAGUAAUGGAAGGAAAAAGAAAAAUACUUGAGGAUCAGCUUCGUAAAGAAAUAAGUCAGAUCAGAAAAAUGGUGGUUUUGGUUUAAGCCUUAUCAAAGAUCAUAGUAUCACUGUUUGAAGCACUCUCUACACAAACCUAUCAACAACCCUGUUUGUUCUUAUAUCUACAAAUGACUUGUCCAGUUUUGUUUGAAACUAUGGAAGAAGUAAAUUUUAUGCCUUGCCACAAAUAAGGCUAUGUCAAAUAGAUUUACACUUCUCCAUCUGUUUUUAUACAUCUGUCUAGCUUUUGUUGAUUUCGAUGAAGCGUAUUUUUCAAAAACUCUGAAUGGUAUAACAGUGAUAGUUCAACACUACGAUCAUUUAACAUAAUAAAUUAUCAAUUAAUGACAUUUGAAUCACCUGCCUUUCAUUCUUAAUUUGAUUUUGUCAUUCUUUGUUUAGUUCACAUGAUGACAUUGCAAGGUCACAUUUCCUUUUUACAUUACUAUAUACUUUUAUAACAGUUUGAUUAUUUUCAAACUUGACCUUAAACUUUUAUUUUUUUAUAUAUAUUUUAACCACUUCAAUUUGAUACAUUGCCAAACACUGUUCUUACAUAUUUAGAUCGUAUAUCAUACAUUUUAUUUUGGCCAGUUCGUCUACAGCUUUGAACUGAGUGUCCUUGUGUUAGUAUUGUAACAUCUAGAUCUGUUUUAGUUGGGCUUCCUAGGCUAACAAACAAAUCUAUUUCAUAUAUUUAUUUACUAAAUUUUUAUUCCUUCUUUGUUUGUUUGGUUUUAAAUUUUGUUUUUUGUGCAGUAAUGUUGUACUCUUUUUUUGCAAAUUAAUUGUUUCUGUUGUUACAUAUAUUAUGAUGUUGAUGAAACAGAUAUGUGCUUGGAUUAUUUACCUGAAGAAGAAGUUUUUAUACAUCUACCUUGGCUCAGUAUGAAAUAAUCUCAUAAUAUUAUAAUCUCAUGAAUUUGUUUCUAUAAAUAUUUUUAUUUAUUAUUUAAUGAAUGGCUGUGUUUAAACAUAUUUGUUGAUGUGCCAAAUAUAAGUUGUGGACAAGUGAUCAGAUUGUUGUUAGUAACUUGUAGGCCAUCUAUAUGAUCAUUUUAAAUAGAAUAGGGCAGUCUUUUUAUAUACAAAAGACACAAGUUAUCAUCUGUAACUUAAGACUCUGAAUGAAGAGCAUGAUCACAUGGGGGUAAUUUACAGAAAAUACAGGAAUGUUAUACUAGGAGCUCAUGAGGAUGUGGAUAUUUCAUUCCUGUCAAGUUUAACCAAUAAUUUUAAUACAUUUAGAGUAAAAGGUUAUCUACAUUUUUUUUUCAAUAUCUGUAUGGUGUAUUUUGUUAUUACUGGCAUGACUACCAUGAAAUUUUAUCAUGCAUUACUCUUCCUUAUAUUGAGAACAAAUUAUUCGCAUUCACAAAUAAUAUUACUGGUAUUAAUCUGAUUAGAUUUUGAAGCAUUUUAUAUAUAUUUUUUUUUCUAUAUUUCUAGUCUGUUUGAAUAUUUUUUUAUACAUUAAAGAUUCCAAUUAUUCUUUUUAUUUAAUGCAUCUUGUUUUAAAAGAUCUCUACCAGUUGUUAUCUUUUAAAGUCAAGAAAUUUGGAGUGUAAGGUUUGUAAUUUCUAUCAGUAAUUUAUUUUAUAAAUCCCUCUAAAAAGUUUUAUUAGCUUCAUGUUCAACUUACCAUGAAUUUUAUAAGACCAAAUAUAUUUUCCAAUGUUCUUAAAUUAUAAAUCUGUUGAUUUAACCAUUAAGUCAAGCAUGUUGUUGAGGUCUGUUGUACUGUUAAUUUAACCAAUGAGUCAAGCAUGUUGUUGAGGUCUGUUGUACUGUUAAUUUAGCCAAUGAGUCAAGCAUGUUGUUGAGGUCUGUUGUACUGUUAAUUUAACCAAUGAGUCAAGCAUGUUGUUGAGGUCUGUUGUACUGUUAAUUUAGCCAUUGAGUCAAGCAUGUUGUUGAGGUCUGUUCAAUAUUUCUGUUAUCCUUUUUAUGUAUUAUGUAUUUUGGAAUUUAAAAAAUAUAAUUUUAUAGGGAAGAUUGUGAUUUUAAUUUUUUUUGUUAAUUCAAUCCUGUUGAGUUAUAUGUUGAGAAUCUAGAAAAACAAGAUGUCAAAAAUACACUUACAUCAAUUUUCAAAUUGAAACAAACAAAAAAAAACAUCAAUGAUUGCUUUUACCUUUAAUUUAUUCCUUCAUUUGAUUUUUUUUCACCUAGAACAUUUUCAUCUUUUGAAAUAUCUUUUAUAAAACACUAACAAUUUUUUGUACAUGCAUAUAUAUAUAUAUAUGCACUAUAUAAGAAAAUAUAUAUGUGUAUAUAUAUUUUGUAUGGCCCUUAAUGUACAUAUUGAAGCGUUGAUGUUCAGGUGACUAUAAGUUAAGUUAAUUGUUAUUUGUGAAAGUGCCAUUCUUGGUUUCAAAAUAAGAUUCUGUGAAAUAUUUAUUUAAGGUAUUUGUUAGGACUAGUGAAAGUAUAAAAAAAAUGAAUGCUGCUCUUUUCCAAGUACAUAUGUACACGUAUUUUCAUGAAGUAAAACAUUCCUGAACACUGAAACUCUUGAAUAUCUUAAACUUAUAUUAUAUUUGUUUUAUAGUAAUGACUAGUAAAUAAAAGUAGAUGUGGUAUGAUUGUCAAUAUAUAUAAAGACCAUAUGACAAGGAUGUGAACAUUUAUGGGGCAUGGUGACAGUCACCAUACCACCUUAAUUAAGCUAUAAAAGGUCUUGGCAUGACAAAAUAAGAAAAAAUUCAAGGAUAAAACCAACUACAGGUCACUAUACCAUGAGCAAAACCAAUACCACCUUAAGUAAUCUAUAAAAGGUCUCAGCAUGACAAAAUAUUAAGCAUUUCAAAAGAUAAAACCAACUACAGGUCAGUAUACCAUGAGCAAAACACAAUCUGUAUAUAGUAAGCUAUAAAAGGUCCAAGAAUUUUCACUUCAGAAUAAUGUUUUAUUUAUGUCGGGGAAAGCGAGACACAGCAGUCUUAGAUUCUGUUGGCAUCAUCAAUAUUUAGGUUCAGUCUGUUGUUAAAUUUUUAAAGACAUCAGUUACUUUAUCAAACCUUCAUAGAAUUUUAUGAAAUUUUUGCAGUAGCAAACUUUUGAAAAACACAUUUUUUUCAUUUUCAGUAUUUUUCUGAUAGAUGGACUUUGUUUUUUAUAGUUAACAUUCACAGACAGUCUGGGAUUAAACUUUUUUGACAUGCUAAAUUUGUAAACCUCCAUGGAUUGUUAUGAAACUUGGACAGAAGCUAAUCUUCAAGACCAUGAAAUAGCAUCUAAAGGAAAAGUUUGAAUUUUUUUUUUAAAUUCUGUAUAUUACUGAUAAAUAGACUCACGUUUUAAGUCAACAUUACACUUUUACAAUGACAGCAGCAAUCACAGGCGAGACACAGGGUUCCGCAGUACCCCUUACGAAUUUUUAUAUCAAGUUUAGGAUAAAUAACAUGUACUCAGUAUUGAUCAAUGUCUCAUUAAGAGUGGUUUAAUUGGACAAAUCAUAGCCUGAAAAUGAUGUUUAUGUUAAAUAAGUAAGAUAUGUAAAAAAAAUAUAAUCUGAAUUUAAAAGACACUUGAGGAUUUUUCUACUCAAGUUGUUAUAAUGUCAAGAGUCAAACUCCUGCUUUUGAAAUUUAUUUAGAGUAAAGGACUUUUGAAUGGCUAAAAAUUUCAAAAUUUACUUAUAAGUUUUCUUUAAACCAGAAAAACAAUAAGAUGAAAGAACAGAAAAGUUUUCCUAUAUCUUAAUGUAUCAGUCAAAUGUUUUAUUUAUAAUAAUGUCUGAAGUGAAAAUCAAAUAUUUACAUAUAACAAGUACUAAAAUAACACUGAAAAAUUUCACUUAUGAUCAAUCAAGGAAUGACUGAAGAAAUAACUUGUAUAAUAUAUAAGUGUCAAGAUUUUAAAGGCUUUCCUAACUUGUAAAAGUAACUUUUUUUGUAAUAGAUAUUAUUAUGACUUGUUUGACUCAGAAAUCAUAAAGUACAUAUGUCUUCCAUUGUUAUUUUCAUUACUUGUGUUUAUAUCAUAUAUUUAUGAAAGCAUUAUAAAUUCCAUGUUUAAAAACAAUCAUCUUUAUAGAAAUAAGGAGAUGUGGUAUGAUUGCCAAUGAGACAACUAUCCACCAAAGUUCAAAUGAAAUGGAUAUAAGCAAUUAUAAAAAAUAUGGAUAGUGACAUAUUUGUAUAUUUUUUCAAUAAGUGUGCAGUUGUACUGCAAAGCAUUUACCAAAUAUGAAAAGUAAAAUAUUUGUAUAUUUUUUUCAGCAUUUUUUUUAUUAAGAAAUUACUGCAACUGAAGUACACAUUUCAAAAAUUUAAAUUUUAUUUAUUUAGUUUCUGCAGUUACAUUAAUUUUCAAAAACAUCGGGUUUAAUUGUUCAAUGCAGAAUUGCGUACAGGUCAAUGUGAAAUAUUUUGAAAGUCCUCAUUGGUAGACUUGACUAUUUUUUCACCAGAUGAGCAGUACAUGCACAGGUUAUGAUUAGAAUUAUGAAACUUAACCAUGAAGUAUUUUAUAUAACCAUAGCUAGUUGCAUUAAAUAGAAAAAGGAAGUCAUUUCAUAUUACAUUAUAUUAGUUACAA